AAUCCUGGACACAACAAUAUAACGGCUCCAUAUCAUUGCGCUGUACGGUUCUGCACCUCCCACGCAUUUGCUCUCGGUAUGGCGGACGGUGAGAGGUCCCCGUUACUAGCAGAUCUUGGAGAUGGUGCUCUUGUCGGCGGUAACGGCGGAGUGUCACCAGGCUCGGCUCCCUAUGGUUUACCAAAUAAACCACAAAGCUUCCCUCCCUUCCCCAGCCCCACCCAGCCCUCAGUGCCCCUGGGGGAGGACCCACCUCCGUACUCCCCCCUCACCUCCCCAGAGAGUGGCAGCGCGCCAGUCAUCAGCUGUAGGGUGUGUCAGAGCCUCAUCAGCGUGGAGGGGAAGCUCCACCAGCAUGUGGUCAAGUGUGGGGUCUGCAACGAGGCUACGCCCAUCAAGAAUGCACCAGCAGGGAAGAAGUAUGUCCGCUGUCCCUGUAACUGUCUACUCAUCUGCAAAGUCACCUCUCAGAGGAUCGCCUGUCCCCGCCCCUACUGUAAGAGGAUAAUAAACCUGGGUCCAGUCCACCCUGGUCCAGCAAGCCCUGAACCCCAGCCGGCCGGAGCUCGCGUCUCCUGUGGACACUGCAACAACACUUUCCUGUGGACAGAGUUUACUGACAGGACACUCGCCAGGUGCCCACACUGCAGGAAAGUCUCCUCUAUUGGUCAGAGGUACCCUCGAAGGCGGAGCUUGUGGUGUGUUCUACUAUGCUUGCUUUUCAGCAUCUCCACUGCUGGGCUGGUGGCAGGUACGUGGGUGAAGGCCCAGGCCUACGGGGGUAUCUAUGCUUCCUGGGCCAUGCUGAUCCUGCUGGUACUCCUGACCCUGGGUCGGGCUCUAUACUGGGCCUGCAUGCCUGUUAGUGAGCCCCUACAGAACUUCACAUAGACACACACACACAGGUGAAGGGUGAAGUUGCCCCUAGAUGCUGUUCUUGGGUCAGUUUUGCAAUUUCCCCACUAAUGGGUAAGGUCAGGAUUGUGGGAAGGGACGCUGAUCCUAGAUCUGUACCUAGGGUGAACUUCACCCUUGAGUAGGGCUGGGCGAUAUAUUGAAUUUGAUGUUUUGCGCGUUAUUCCAAAUGCCUGUAUCGCAAGAAUCUAGUUAGUUUAUUUUUAUCGUUUUUCUGAGUUUGUUGUCUUGUUGGUCUCGUCUCCUUCGCUUCUUCUGUGCACCUUCCCAUUUACACCAGAGAUCUGUAUAUAAUGACAAGAUGCUUAUGUCUCCGCUAUUACGUUGUGAGUCGUUGUCCCAAAGGCGGGAAGGCAGCCGAUAAGCUUAGGUUAAGAAAACAACAUAGAAACGCAUUGGGCUUAUUUUGGUGAGUGAAACCUCUCGCUUCGCCUCUUCCUCCCUGUUUACACACACACCAAGCCCCUCCCCCUGUCACACAACAUCCUGUCUGACAAGCGGUUUCAACUUGCUAUUUGCCGGUUUGGUCCAACAGAAUCGGUCAUAUAGACACCAAAAAAACAUUGCAACAUUAUUUUACUGGAAGAGGAGAAGUUAACCUUUUCAACGAUACCCUUUUUAUGUCUCAACUCCUCAAAUUACGCACAGAGCAGACACUACUAAAACGGGAGUAUCAAUGAACGUCUGUUCUGGAGAAUAAAUGUUCCAUGUUGCGUGUGGCAUUACUGUUCUACUAGCUGUCUAGUCUAGCUUUUAUAAAUGUGCAAAAAACACAAUUAUAUUAACUAGUUCUCUUUAUGAGAUAAGGUAGGCCACUUGAUUUCCACAUCUGAACGAAGUGGACAGACUAGCAUUCUGUUCAAACAAUUGGAGACGGACAAGAAGGGCGCGUUCAUAACAAUUCAACUGUUUUGCCUUGUUAGCGAGCAGAUCCAAGUUGGCUAAACUCGAAACCAUAAAGAUUAGUUGGCUACUCACUAACUAGCACGUGGGCUUGUGCUUGAGAGAUUGUUUGAGACGUGUUUCAUUUUCUCUAAUGCCUGCUACAAGAAGUUGGGUCAUUAUUAGGGAAUGUGUAUUAUACUUGGUUCUGGUUAAAUUUGUAAACAAAAAGGGCAUUUUCAUAGACUGACUUGGAUGUCAGAUCAGUGAUUUGAUUCAAAAAAGCAGGUUUAAACUAUUUUGAUAAAAUAAUUAAGUGAUUAGUGGGUCUGACGAUUGUUGUAGGCUCAUAUUUAGCCUAGAUUUAAUUUUACGAGCCCUGAAUUAAUCAGAUUAUUUCUGACUGUUUGAAAUGUAGAGUAUUUGACCUUUUUAAUUGUACAACAAAGCUUAUUUAGAGAGAACAUAAACAAUCUAGGUGUGUGUAUAUGUAUCGUCCAUAAGAUGUGAUUUUUAAGCCAUAUCGCCCAGCCCUACCCUGGUGCCUUUUAUUUAACUGAAGAUCAAACCAAGAAGUUCCCCUCCUUCCCUUUAAUCUGUUGUCAUUGUGUUUCCAUACUGGAUGAUGAAUAAUAUCCUAAACUCCUAAAAAAGCAGUAGCUUGACUUCUACAUUACUUAUGAAUUGAUGAAUAGUUUGCUUUAACAUGUUCAACUACUUUCCCUUCCCUGUUUUAAUCGUUGCUUAGGCCAGUCUCUCUAUGGCAGGCGCUGGCAGACACACCAGAGCCUCAUAUCAUGGCAUGGCUGAGUGGAACCAAGUCUUAAAUGAUGACAUAGCCCUCGGAUAAGACUGCUCCUCC